AAACCAAUGGGUCUGAAGCUUUAGAUGUCGUCCUGGAGCCCGGGAAUUUUUCUCGCUCGGGCGCAGGGCCGAGUGUGGAGCUGGGUCUGGUGUCGGGAGUCGGGGUAAACGGGGCGUCCGGGGUUGUGCAGAGUGGCUAACCAUGGCUAACAAAAUGUUAAAGAGAACAGGAUUGCCUUUGGAUUUAUGUGAGAGGCUUUGGAAGUACCAGAUCAUCAACUGUCGGGAUUUCCUAUCCCUUUCAUCUCUGGAGUUGAUGCGCCACAUGGGUCAGAGUAUCAAUAAAGUGUAUGCUUUGACAAAAAUUGUCAGCAAAGCUUGUGCUCCUAAAAUGAUUACCGCACUUGAAAUGAAAAAUGAAAGAUAUUCUUGCCCUUCCACUGCCUUCUUCCCCACUUCUCUGGUGGACCUGGAUGAGGUUCUUCAUGGUGGAUUGGCUUGUGGAACCCUCACUGAGGUGACAGGACCUUCAGGCUGUGGAAAGACUCAAUUCUGUAUAAUGUUGAGUGUGUUGGCAACCUUGCCAAUCAGCAUGGGUGGCUUGGAUGGUACAGUAAUUUACAUCGAUACAGAGUCUGCUUUCAGUGCUGAAAGGUUGGUAGAAAUAGCAAGGUGCCGCUUCCCCGAUUAUUUCUGUACAGAGCAGGACCUGAUCAGAAUGACCAAUAAGAUUCACCUGUACCGUGAACUCACAUGCUCAGAUGUAUUGAGACGAGUCGAGUCCCUGGAAGAUGAUGUUAUCUUGAAAGGGGUGAAAUUGAUUGUAGUGGAUUCGGUUGCGUCAGUCAUUCGAAAGGAAUUUGACACGCAACUUCAGGGUAACCUUUCAGAGCGCAGUAACCUGCUAUUGAGCGAAGCUGCAAUGCUAAAGUAUUUGGCAGAAGAAUUCUCCAUUCCGGUCAUUCUGACAAACCAAAUUACAACCAGGAUUGGUCAAAGACAAGCUGCCAACUUUAGGCCAGGCUCAGUGGUGGAUGAUUUAUUGUCAUCUGAAGGUUGUGGGGUUAGCCCUGAUGGAGAAACGGGCUAUGCAACUGCAGCCUUGGGAAACACGUGGAGCCACAGUGUCAACACCAGGCUCAUUAUGCAGUAUCUGGACUACCACAGCAGGCAGAUCAUUGUUGCCAAGUCUCCACUUGCUCCGUUUGCCAUGUUUGAUUUCACCAUUCAGAAUUCAGGCCUUAUUCUUCAAGAUGGAAGCCUCUCUUCCCUGAAGCCUCGAAGAGCUAAAGCCUCAAGAUUAGCACGCUGACUCUGUCCAGUCAGAUGAUGACCCCAGCACUUGCCCCUGCCUUCCUUUAAUUUGCUCUUGCUAUUCAAUCCGAAAUACUGAUUGGUCGCUGGCCAAAGUUCAAUUAUUCUGCUGCCUUUUUCAACUGGGUUAGUGGACCUGAGUGAAAUCCCCUUCUCUCAACCUCCUGAUGUCCACAUUGGUCAUUGGUCAAAGCUCUAUUCCUAGGCAUAAGAGUUUGGAACUGUUAUCAAUAAACAAGAUUUGUGGUCUUGCUGAUGCCCAAAGAUCUUGUCGGUGCACUGGAGAGAUUGGUGAAUUUUGUCAUCAGGCCUGUCUUCACUGAGAGGUGUUCCCCAAGAUAUGGUCCAAGUUUUCCAGAAUCUCAUCAUGGACUUUUAUUGUCAGGGAGGAGAAAGCAGGGGUGUGGUGUUGUACAGCAGAGUCUGUUUGAUGGAGCACCUUUAUUCCAUGCUUCUGAACGUGGGCAUGCAUUGAUGACCAACCAACAGCAACUUGUACCUUCUGCAGGAUGCAGAACCAGAAUCAGAUUUAUUAUCACCGGCAUGUGUCGUGAAAUUUGUUAACUUAGCAGCAGCAGUUCAAUGCGAUACAUAAUUAUAGAAGAAAAAGAAAAUAAAUCCAUAAAUUUAUAGCAUACGUAUAUUGAAUAGAUUUAAAUUGUGCAAAAAAGCAGAAAUAAUUGUAUGUUAAAUAAGUGAGGUAGAGUUCACAGGUUCAAUGUCCAUUUAGGAAUUGGAUGGCAGAGGGGAAGAAGCUGUUCCUGAAUCGCUGAGUGUGUGCCUUCAGGCUUCUGUCCCCCCUUCUUGAUGGUAACAAUGAGAAAAGGGCAAGCCCUGAGUGCUGGAGAUCCUUAUUAAUGGACGUUGCCUUUCUGAGACACCGCUUCCUAAAGAUAUCCUGGGUACUUUGUAGGCUAGUACCCAAGAUGGAGCCAACUAAAUUUACAACCCUCUGCAGCUUCUUUCGGUCCUGUGCAUUAGCCCCUCCAUACCAGACAGUGAUGCAGCCUGUCAGAAUGCUCUCCACAGUACAACUAUAGAAGUUUUUGAGUGUAUUUGUUGGCAUGCCAAAUCUCUUCAAACUCCUAAUAAAGUAUAGUCGCUGUCUUGCCUUCUUUAUAACUACAUCGAUAUGUUGGGACCAGGUUAGGUCCUCAGAGAUCUUGACACCCAGGAACUUGAAGCUGCUCACUCUCUCCACUUCUGAUCCCUCUAUGAGGAUUGGUGUGUGUUCCUUUGUUUUACCCUUCCUGAAGUCCACAACCCACCAGCAGGACAAGGGCAGCAAAAGCACGUGAGCACCAACAGCUGGACAUUGCCCUCCAAGCCACACACCAUCCUAACUUGGAAAUAUAUUACCAUUCCUUCACCUUCACUGGGUCCAAAUCUCGGAACUCUCUCCCUAACAGCAUUUUGGGUGUACCCACACCUCAAGGACUGCAGCAGUUCAAGAAGACAGCUCGC